AUGCCCACCUUCCUGCAGGUUCCUAUGGUGCACGAGUACUCCUUCACACUGACCGGCGGCGAUGGGAGCCGCCUGCACGGCUUCUGCAGGAGCUUCUUACCUCCUCGGGCCAGGCUAAAGAGCCUGCGGUACCCGCAGGUGCUGCAAGUGCUGGAGGCGAUGCUGAAGCAGACAGAUCUGCUGAAUGGGCCAGCGCAUGCGAGCCUGCCAUAUGCGUCCCCAGCAAGCCAGUUCCUGGAGAAUCUCAGCAUCUCCUGCACCGGCAAGCUGGUCCCGGGAGAGGUCCUGCGGCUUCCGCUGCCGCGUACGCCUGCCCCCGUCAAUGUCAGCCCCCCGCGGCGCAUCGGGGUCGACUUCCAGUCCGGCAGCCAGCCCCCACUACGCAGCACGGAGCAGUGGGUGGAGUUGGAGGUUCCCCCGGAUGCUGGAAAUGGAGCCGAGAAUGCUGGGCUGCCUCUGGCGCGCCUCCUGUGGCACCUGUCGCCGUCCGCCCUUGUGGGCCUCAUAGAAGCUCUGCUGCUGGAGCGGCGUGUGCUGAUGGUGGCUCAGGAGCGGGACACGGUGAGUGCUGCGGUGCAUGCCGCGGCUGCGCUGCUGCACCCGCUCAAGUGGCAGCACAUCUACCUGCCCCUGCUACCCCUCGCUCUCAAGGACUACCUCUCGGCGCCGAUGCCCUUCCUGAUGGGCGUGCACUCCCCCAACCUCUUCAUGUCCACGCUGCGCUCCUCGGCCAUGGAGGAAGUCGUCGUGGUCGACCUGGACCGGGGCACCACCACAUGCUCCUCGCUGCAUUCUCCACGCCGCAACGGCGACAGCAGUGGCAGCGGUGGCGGUAGCGGUUUGCCGUGGGGCCGGCAGCUGGAGGCGGCACUGGCGCUGCUGCACCAGACGCUGCGCAGCCCGGAGUACAUGGUGAAGCUACUGGGCAGCUACAGGGAAUUUGUGGAGAAGGAUGUGCCCGGCAGCCCUGCCCCGGUGCCCGAGGCAAACGGGGCCGGCCCACGUAUCCGCCAUCAAGACGACGGCUACAUCAGGCAAGCUUUACCACCCAUGCUUGCUUCUCAUAUCAAAUGCCCAUACAGCACCUCGGCGCAUGGGUACCGGUUUAACCACGCGGCGUUUGUGGCGUCGUUCCACAGCGCCAAGGCGCGCGCGUUCCUGGAGCAGCUGCGGCAGAGCCAGUGCUACGAGGUCUUCUUCAACGAGCGCCUGCGCCUCGCCUCCGACGGCGUCCCCUUCGGCGACCCCUUCGAGGUGGCGGCGGCUGCCGUGAAGCGGGGCAAGAUCAGCAAGUCAAUUGCGAAUGCCAGCGCGAAGGGGGUCUCCCGCGUCAACGCCAUCAUCCAGAGGACCUCCAAAGCCGUCAAGAAUUAUCGCCACGGCACCACAGAGCAGGCAGCAGCGCAGAACGACAGGUACCAGAAGGCGAGGCCGGCGCGGCCAAUGACCCCGCCGGUGGUCACAAUCCCGGCCAAUCACCAGUUCCUCUCCGAGGAUGAGUCAUCCUCAUCAGGCUCGGACUCUGAGGCCGCGCCUGCAGCCGAUGGUCGACGGCCGCAGGCGCAGGCGCAGGCGCAGGCACGCGCGCAGAUGCGCGUCGGGCCCCUCCCGGUCCAGUCAGCGUCCGCCGGACCCGGGCCGCCGCGCGCCCUCGGCGCCCCGCCCGGCGAUCCGCCCAGCAAUUCACCCAGCGGCAAUGGCGAGGCGGCUGCAGCUUCAACGUCGUACUACAUGCCUGUCGUGGACAGGCCGUCGCUGCUGGAUCUGGCAACAGAGGUGCCAGCGGCCCGCGCAGUUGAGGGCGGCCUGUCGCCGUCGCUGCUUGACAUGGACUGGGCACUGCCGGGUGCUGGGGUGGACUUGCGCAGGAUAGACAGGAGCGCUGAACAAGCUGUGCCAUCCCAGCAGGCCUCCGCAGAGCAGCCCGGCUUCUCAAAUGGAUCACCCCCCAACAAAGCAGUUCCCGCUGCUGGCUUCGGCAGUGAUGCGGCGUUUGCGUCCGCUGAGCCACAGCCGUUUGCCACGAACGGCGCAAACAGCGGGAGUAGCCCGCAGGACAGGGCAGGCCAGGGCGGUGUGCUGCCUUGGGUUGAGGUUGACAGCGUGCAGGCGUCGCCCAAGAUCCGGCACACAGACUCGUGGACGGAGUGGACACUUGGUGCACCUGCCUUGGAAGCGCAGAGGGCGUGCAACCUGCAGCAGAACCCGCUGGUGUCCCUGUUGGACCUGUGA